AUGGACAAGCAUAUCCCUCUUUUCCCUGGCUCUAGUGCAGUUACUGGAAAAGCGACUGAAGACAGUCGUAUUCGCGGUUAUGAUCCAGUGAUUUCUCCUGCUUUGAUUCAAGCUGAAUUAGCAGCUUCUGAUGAAGUGCUUGACUUCGUUUCUGAUCAACGCCGUCAAGCCUCAGACAUCAUUGCCGGAAAGGACGAUCGUAUCCUUGUUAUCGUUGGUCCUUGCUCUAUUCACGAUCCUGCUGCUGCCAAGGAAUACGCUGGCAGAUUACAAAAGGAGGCCGCAAAGCAUAACAAGGAUUUGCACAUUAUUAUGCGUGCCUACCUUGAAAAGCCACGUACUACUGUUGGCUGGAAGGGUUUGAUUAACGAUCCUGAUUUGGACGGCUCUUACAACAUAAACAAGGGUAUUCGCGUUUCUCGUGGUACAUACUUGGAGCUCUUGCAACAAGGUGUUGGCAUCGCUUCUGAGAUGCUUGACACCAUCAGCCCCCAAUAUUUGGCUGAUUUAGUUUGCUGGGGUGCCAUUGGCGCUCGUACUACCGAAUCUCAGUUGCACCGUGAGCUUGCCUCUGGAUUGUCUUUCCCUAUAGGUUUCAAGAAUGCUACUGAUGGAAACAUUGGUAUUUCCAUUGAUGCCAUUAACUCCUCUAGUAACCCCCAUCACUUCUUGUCUGUUACCAAGCAAGGUGUUGUGGCUAUCGUUACUACUGAGGGCAACCCUGUUACCCACAUCAUUUUGAGAGGUGGUAAGAAGGGCACUAAUUUUGACGCUGCCUCUGUUAAUCAAGCUAAGGCUGAUCUCGAAAAGGCGAAACUUCACCCCAGCAUCAUGAUUGAUUGCUCUCACGGCAACUCUUGCAAGGAUCACAACAACCAACCCAAGGUUGCUGCAACCAUCGCUGAGCAAGUUGCUGCUGGCCAAAAUGCUAUCAGUGGUGUUAUGAUUGAAUCUCACCUUCAUGAAGGCAAGCAGGCUAUCCCUGAUGAGGGCCCUGCUAACCUCAAGUAUGGUGUUAGUGUUACUGAUGCUUGUAUCAGCUGGGAACAAACUGUUGAAGUGUUUGAUAAAUUGGCCUCUGCUGUCCGUGAGCGCCGUACUAAGUUGUCAUCUGCUUAA